AUGUACCGUCUAAUACGAGACUUGCUAGGACGGGACGAACAAAGUACUGAACUUGACGUACAGGAUAACUUGGAAACCUCUACGACAACUUCGAUAGGCCAGAUGCAAGAGGACGGACAACAAAUGAGUGAUAAUUUUCAGGAAGGAUUAGAUAAUGAAGAUAAUGUUGAAACGAUAACGAAUGAGAACGUGCAAGUGGCGGUUUCGAGUGUUACUGAGAGCGAAGGUAUUACGAGUGCUGAUAGUUCGCCGCCGCCGUCUUCACCACGGUUCAGUGCUGCCCCGGUGUUUACUGUUCAAAAUACGGAAAUACCCUCCUCCAGUGUUAUUUCACCUACUAUCACGCCCACAAUUUCACCCUCCAUUACAUCUACCCAGCUCGUCUCGCCACCAGCAAGAUCACCAACGACGUCAACACCUCCACAAAUGCCAAAUCCUUCAGAUUUACCUAUUCCGUUUUUUCUACCAGACUCCUCCGAUUCCCUUAACGCCCCUAACCAAUCUAAUCUUCUUAAUAUCAUAAAUCCAUUGGCGUUUCUACAAAACUCUUUCUCAGCAAAUUCAACGUCAUCAACGACAUCUGUUACAAUGACAUCAUCAAGUGGCACUCCCCAAGAGCCAGGAUCACCUCCAUAUCCACCACCACUAGCGCUUAGAGCUGAUCCGACAUUGAAUAUCGAUAGAGCCUCGACAGAAUCUCUGAAAUUGGCUUUAUUUGGACCACAAAGGAUGGAGAUGGAGAAUGAGAAGAAGGAUGAGGGAACGUAA